AUGUUUACUAAUUUCGUGCGUAAGGUUUCUGAGCUUGCUCGGCUAUACCCCAAUCAAGUUUUCCAACCAGACCAUCCCUCCUUUCAGGCUUCCCAAAAUUCCUACUGGUCGGGGCUCCAGAAAGAAAUCAAGCCUCGGUGUUUUUUCCAGCCCCAUUCACCUGCACAGCUUGCGCGUGCGGUCACUCUAUGUGCCGAGGCUGAAUGCCCUCUUGGCGUCAAGAGUGGCGGUCAUGCCCAUAUUACUGGAGCAUCAUGCAUCAAUGGGGGUAUCCAGCUAGAUCUGGUUAAGCUGAACCGUAUCACCAUCAACACGAACAAGAAAACUGCCUGGAUUGGUACAGGCAACACUUGGAGAGCUGUAUACACCACACUUCAGAAAGAAGGAUUUAUCGCAGUCGGUGGGAGGUCGGCCGAUGUGGGCGUUGGAGGGUUUUUAGUUGGCGGAGGCAUCUCGUUUUACGCUGCCGAACACGGGUGGGGAAUAGACCAAGUUCAGUCGUUCGAGGUCGUCCUUAGCUCUGGGAACAUUGUCAGAGCCAGUCGAGACAACGAGCCGGACCUCUUUCGAGCUCUGCGUGGCGGAGGUGGAAACUUCGGCAUCAUCACUGCCUAUGAAGUUGACAUUCGUCCCUAUUCUGGGAUGUGGGGUGGGCGCACGACGAUUGCCAGCGCCCAUGCUAAGGAUGCUAUUGAAGCGUAUGCUGACUUCAUACCGAGACUUGAUGUCGACCCAAAAGGGCACACUAUCAUCAUUUUCGAUGCUCUUGGUGGAGAAGUGGUUGUGCGCCAAUACAUUGUCUACACGGAGCCUAAAAAGGACCUCCCAAUGUUCGACCGACUCCGCCAGGUUCCAGCAGUCGACUCGUCACUUGGUAUCGCCGACUAUACUGACCUUGCUGCGGACAUCGCGGAUCUCCAGGAAGGAAAUGGAUAUCGCCAUGCCGUUGCCACCAUCACGGUAAAGCUGGAUCAGAAACUGCUGGAAUUUAUAUAUGACACUUACGUUCAGCACGCUGCGAAAAUUUCGGAGCACUCGGCAGGCUGUCUCGAAUUCCAUGCUCUCCCUCGUGCAUCGAAUCCAGAAGACAACAUGUACGGGCUCAAGAAGAGCGACGAGCAUCUUAUAGCAAUCAUGCUUGGAUUCAGCACUGCUUCUCCGGAACGCGACCAUGAGCUAAUCACUUUGCAGCAACUUGUCCUAAGCACCAUUAAGAAGGAAGCACAAGCCCGCGGACUUUAUCAUCAAUUUCUUUUCGCCAAUUAUGCCGGCCCGUUUCAAGAUGUAAUCGGCAGCUACGGCGAAAAGAGCGUCAAUUUCUUGAGGAGGGUAGCGGACAAGUACGAUCCUGAUCACGUUUUCGAACUCUUAAAGCCAGGGGGGUUCAAGAUAAACUUCUGUCCCAGUCCAUCACUGUAA